AUGCCUCCCAAGGUAUCCAAGUCAAGCAGUCUAAAGACUUUGCGGGUUAAAUUGUCGGAAACUAUUACGGAUUUUGAAGAUAUAAGAAAGUUUAUUUCAAUUAUCGGAGAAACUACCACGUGCAGUCAGGUUAAGGUGAGGCUGGAAAGGCUUGACGAUUUGUGGGAGAGAUUUAGCGAUACGAUUAUCGAAGUGAAAACUCAUGAAGAUUUUGUUGCGGAAGAUUUUAACUUUUCUAAGGAACGCCAAGAUGCUAGCGAUUUUUACUAUGAGGCCAAGGCUGUGUUGAUGGAUAAGCUUAAAGAGCUGCAGGAGCCUUUUGUCGAUAGUGUUGAUCGCUUGAAUGAUUCGGCUGCCCAUCAUACACUAGAUCAUGUUCGGUUACCACAAAUUAAAUUGCAGACAUUUAGCGGGAACAUUGAUGAAUGGAUGAGCUUUCGUGAUCUGUAUACUUCUCUCAUUCACUGGAAAACUGAUCUUCCAGAUGUAGAGAAGUUUCAUUAUCUGAAGGGCUGUCUGCAAGGUGAGCCAAAGAGUUUGGUCGAUUCUCUACAAAUUACCCGAGCAAAUUAUCAGGUGGCUUGGGAUCUUUUGGUCAAGCGUUACAAUAAUAGUAAGUUGUUGAAGAAGAAACAAAUUCAAGCUUUAUUUAGGCUUCCUCAACUUACAAAAGAAUCCCCAUCGGAAUUGCACAGUUUGGUUGAAGAUUUUCAAAAAGCGGUUCAAAUUUUAGAUCAGGCAGUCCAAUCUGCUGAUUACAAGGAUUUGCUGUUGAUACAUUUGCUAACGAGUCGUUUAGAUCCAGUUACUCGUCGCAGUUGGGAAGAGCACUCGGCAUCUGAGGAACAAGAGACAAUUUCCCAGCUUAUGGAUUUUCUUCAGAAAAGGGUCACUGUUUUGGAAUCUUUACCGGUUAAAUCUGCAGAUACUAAAUUCGCUCAGCAACAUCCCUCGAAGUUUCGGUUACCAUUUGUUAAAACAAGCUACGGAUCCUUCCAAACGUCAGGUUCAAAUUGCCCCAUGUGUUCUGGUGGUCACUUCUUAUAUGAGUGUGCUGAGUUUAAAAAACUAAACGCAACGGAAAGGGACUCGGUCUUGUUGAAACAAGAGUUGUGUCGAAAUUGUCUUCGAGCUGGGCACCAGUCAAGGGAAUGCAAAUCAAAAUUCUCUUGUCGGAAUUGCAAGGGACGUCAUCACACCUUGGUUUGCUUUCGAGAUGGUAAAGGAAAUAUUGCAAGCACAAGUAGCUCAAAUUAUCGGAACCACGGAAAUUCGGUAAAUUCGGCAAGCAUAGAGUCAGAUGAGUCAGUGAACGUCACGUCAGUGUCGGCGUCGGGUGUGGAGCGUCGGUCUACGGUUUUACUAGCUACGGCGGUGGUUUGGUUGGAAGAUGAAGAUGGUCGGAAGGUUCCGGCAAGAGCACUUCUCGAUUCCGGGUCGGAAUGCAAUUUUGCCACGGAAAGAUUGAGUCAGCUAAUCAAGGCAAGUCGGAAAAAGGUGUCGGUUACUGUGCAAGGAAUUGGUCAAUCAAAUGCACAGUUGAAGCAACAAAUUCGAGCAAAAUUACGGUCGAGAGUGUCGGACUUUUCUCUAACGACGGAAUUUCUAGUUUUGCCUAAGGUUACUGCAAACUUACCAACGCAAUCGGUUGAUAUUUCGGGCUGGAGAAUGCCCCAGGAAAUAACUUUGGCAGACCCAGCAUUUUUCACAUGCAGAUCAGUAGACCUUGUGUUGGGCAUUGAAUCAUUUUUCUCGUUCUUCAAAUCAGGUCAGGAAAUUUCUCUGGGCAACAACCUCCCAACACUGAUUGAGUCUGUUUUUGGAUGGGUGAUUUGCGGUGGUCAAUCUCUAUCAAGCAAAGGUGACCAAAUCACCUGUAAUGUGUCAGUUUCGGAAACUAUAGAGGACAUGGUUUCACGGUUUUGGUUGAGCGAGGAAAUCGAUGUUGGUCCCAGUUUUUCGCCUGAAGAAGCACGCUGUGAAGAGAUUUUUAAAAAAGACGUUCAACGUUCUGAAGAUGGUCGGUAUAUUGUCAGUUUACCAAAGAAUGAGUCUGUCAUUCAGCGUUUGGGUGAAUCGAAGAGAAUCGCGAUCGACCGUCUCAAGGGUACAGAGCGCAGGUUAGCUCGGAAUCCUGUUUUAUAUGAAGAAUAUCAUAAAUUUAUGAAUGAGUACAUACAGUUGGGUCAUAUGCGAAAGGUUGAGGAAAGGGAUGCCAAAAAGCGGUGCUUUCUCCCACAUCACCCAGUUCUGAAAGAGGCCAGCACAACGACUAAAGUUCGUGUUGUCUUCGACGCAAGUUGCAAAACUUCUUCAGGCGUUUCUUUGAAUGAGGCUUUGCUGCUGGGUCCGAUAAUUCAACAAGAUCUUCGCUCCAUUAUUUUGCGCAGUCGGACAAGACAAAUCAUGAUCGUUUCAGACGUCGAAAAAAUGUUUCGGCAAGUUUAUGUCAGGCAGGAAGAUCGGCCUCUACAAUGCAUUCUUUGGAGAGGUUCUCCAGAAGAUGAAAUAAACGUCUACGAAAUGAAUACGGUCACAUAUGGUACGAAGCCAGCUCCAUUCUUAGCAACUAGGGCCCUGAAACAAUUAGCCAUUGAUGAAAGAGAAAACUACUCAAAGGCAGCACAGGUACUGCUGAACGAUGUCUAUAUGGAUGACGUCAUUACCGGAGCAGACACAACGGAAGAAGCGAUUACUUUGCGUCAGGAACUCGACUCAAUCAUGAAAGCGGGUGGAUUUUUACUUCGGAAAUGGGCUUCGAAUAGUCCUGAAGUGUUGAAAGGAAUUUCACAGCAUAAUUUAGCGAUCAAGGAAUCAGACGAAAUCCUUUUGGACCCAGACCCAUUCCCUCGGUUUGAUAAGGAAUCGCUGGGAUCGGAGGGCGGCGCGGAAAUGCGCAGCCCGGUAUGCCGUUGUUUGAGGUUGCAUAAUGGGCCAGAUGGGAUUCGAGUGAAUGAACAAACGAGGGUGGAAAAUGAUGAUGUCAUGAUUGCGGUGGUCAGGCGCGAUAGCCGGAAACAACCUGGAACAGAACCGCGGCAGGAACAAACUCGUCAUAAACCGGACAGCUUUCGAUACGGUUUCGUGAAUGGGAUUAUUCUGGCUGUUGAAUGUUCUUUCGGGUAA